GAAAAACCAUAUGGUUGGCCGCUGACUACUCCAGGGGGAGGCGGGUGAUGUCACGUGACCCUGUCAGCCCGGUACAGGUGUGCAGGUCUACUGGCCGGGUUUAUAUCUCCUACAGUUUCCUAUUGUCAACUAGCGAAUGAAAACUAUGUAGAAAGGUAUGCCGAGUUCUAUACUGGGAUCUAUACAGCAGCAUACCAUACUCAGCAUACACUAUAGCAUACUCAGCAUACCCUGUAAACACUAAACAUAAUCAGACCUUAGUAAUAAUAAGUGUCAAGGUCACAAGUGACAACAAGUGACUUGAGUGUUUUUAGACACUUUGUUUGUAAGUGAAAAGUGAUCAACUUCAUGAGAGAGUUAUGAGCUGCGGUGAGGUCAUGUACCAAUCUCAUUAUUCAUACUUCCCUUACCAACGGAGUAUACUUGAUCAUAAACAGACCCUCGCAGAAAAUGAGGGAGGGGCGGCAAGAUCACUGGAAGGAGAAGGGUUGAGAGAAUCUCCGAGCCACUACAAUUUCUCUUCCCGACACACCUCACCAACAUCGUUUUCUACACAGGGUUCGGUCAGCGGACAUGGUUUUCCGCCACUCAGAGAUCCAGGAAAUAGUUCAGAUCCAGGAUUUCUGCAGGACAGAGAAACUUCUAGAACAAGUUCAGAAACCGGUUUUCUUCAAACACGACCCCGCCCAGAUGUUUUGGACAAAGUUAAAGGGGAAAAGGAUAAAGAUUUGGAAGAUGGGCAGAGGAAUGCCCAAUACUUGUCAGCUAACUGUGUUAUUUUCACCUACUACUCGGGAGAUAUUACCAAAGCAGUGGAUGAUCACUUUUCUAAAGCUCUUAGUCAACCAACAGAUAGAGAAAAUAUUCCUUUGUCGGCUCGGAAUCUCCCGGCUUCCUUUUGGGAUUCUAGCUGGGCAGGAGUGCCCUCCCUCCCUCCAUCUGAACUCUACUCUGAGUACACAGAUCCUUGGCAAUCUUACAUGGCAAGCAUGACAGGUUACUCUGCUCACCAGAUGUACACUGCUAGAUCCUACUCCUCCCUCCUCUUACAGUCUAGGAGAGAGUGGGUAGAGCAGAACUAUCCAUCCUCACCAUACCCAACCAUGUCAGGUCUGGAAGGAAGCAUGCAGCCUGCCUCGAAGGACCUCUACUGGUUUUAAAGAGAAGAAAAAUGGAAAACCUAAAAACAAAAAUAAAUUUAUCUGUGAACAAGUGAUAAAGAAAAACUCAAGAAGGAAAACGAUGUUUUCCUAAAACUCCGGAAGAAAAAGAACAAUUGUUUGAAAAAACAGUUAAAUGUGAUUAAACAGGGGGCAGAGCACCAAUUACACAUCAUAGUCUGCCCUGGUGCCCUCAUAAAACCUGUUUUAAAAA